AUGUUCUUGGAGACCCCAAACAGGGAGCAGCCGGUGAAGCGGUUUACCAGUGUUUCGUGGAUUGAAGAAGAAGGAGGAGCGUUCGCCCGAAGCCCUUCGUGCUGGCUUGGACCCAGAAAUGCCUUGCCCUUCUCUGCUACGGGGAUGGUGAUCACUAGUGCUCUUAGCUCUGACAGACUUCUGCCACACGAGCUGCUCGAUCGCUUUCGGGAAGUGCUGAAAUUCAUCCAACGCGCACGAGUCCUGAAUCUUCCAGAGAAUGCUCCUGAGGAGAUGCUUGACACACCAGAGACAGCGGCCCAAUUGCGGCGCGCUGCAGCAGAGAGCAUUGUGAUGCUGAAGAAUGAGAGGGACAUUUUCCCGUUUAAAUAUGACAAGACCACGGCUGUCAUUGGUCCCAACGCGUUAUUCGCUGCAUAUUGCGGAGGAGGAUCGGCCGCUCUCGACCCUUAUCAUGCUAUUAGUCCCUUGAAGGGUAUUCACGCACGGGUGUCGCAGGCCAAGUAUGCCCUCGGGGCUCCAGGGUGUACGCUUCUACCGCCCCUUUCGCACCUUACGAAGACAAAGUCAGGUCAACCGGGCUUCGACAUGACAGUCUAUCUUGACUCACCAGGGUCGCCAAACCGCAAUGCAGUCGACCAGAGCCAUGUCGGCCGAUCUGAGGUCUUCUUGAUGAAUUACAAAAAUCCUCAUAUCGAGGGCUACCUUUACUACGCCGAUCUGAGUGGAACAUUUACGCCUGAUGUAACUGCGGAGUACGAAUUUAGUAUCUGUGUUGCUGGCACAGUCAAACUGUUUAUUGAUGGGGAGUGUAUCAUCGACAACGCGUCGAAGCAGAUCCAUGGGGACAAUUUCUUUGGGACUGGCACAGUUGAAGAAGGGAGAGUUACUCCUUGA